AUUAGUAUAUACACCAUGUCCCGCCCUUUCUCAUUCUCUUUCCGCUAAAAUCCAAGUUGGAAGUAAACGUGCCUAAGGUGCUUGGUUCUUCUCUUGAAGCUAAGGCCCACAAUCCGGCGACUAGCACCACUAAAUUUAGGCAUCCGACCCCAAAACUAUAAAACCUACACAGAAAGAUGGCAUCUGUAUCUGAGCUCGCUUGUAUUUACUCUGCCCUCAUCCUCCACGACGAUGAAGUCACCGUCACAGAGGACAAGUUGAUGGCUCUCAUCAAGGCUGCCAAUGUGACUAUUGAGCCUUUCUGGCCCAGUCUGUUCUCCAAGGCUCUGGCCAGCGUGGACAUUGGCAGCCUGAUCUGCAACGUGGGUGCCGGUGGUGGAGCUGCCCCUGCUGCUGCUGGAGGCGCCGCCCCUGCAGCAGACGCACCAGUCAAGGAGGAGAAGAAGGAGGAGAAAAAGGAAGAAUCCGAGGAGGGUUCCGAUGACGACAUGGGUUUCGGUCUUUUCGACUAAACCAGUUUUUUGUAACUAAUAAAAUCAAAGAAACUGAAA